UGUUAUCUAUACUCCACUUGUAGUGUUUGUUUACAGUGGUGAAGCUGAGUGAGGAUGUGACAGCUGAGGGAUGGUGUCUUAUUAUUGGCCAAAAUGGAUAAACUAACGAUAAUAUCCGGGGCUCUGUUCCUUGCAGCAGACAUUUUCGCUGUGGUGAGCCUCGCCAUGCCUGACUGGAUCGUGUCUGACAUAGGAGGUGACACCCGCCUUGGGCUACUGUGGACAUGUGAGACCCUCUACAACAGGUCUCAGGUAUGCUAUGCUCCGUCUUUGGGAGGAGCAUGGCUGGUGACACUUGGUUGUGUAUUACUGGGCUGUGUGUGUGUCACAGCCACCAUUGUACUCCUAGCACUCUCACAUUGUCGCCUCAGUGUGCACGUCAUGACAUACGCCCGCUGGGUUGGCUUUACAGCUAUGGUGCUGUUCUGCCUGGCUGCAGUUGUGUUUCCAAUGGGCUUUUACGUAGAGGAGAUUGGUGGUGAACCAUAUCAGCUGCCAAAUAGCUUCCAGGUCGGAUACUCGUACAUAUUCUUCGUCCUGGCACUGUGGAUGACAGUAGUGUCGGAGCUGUUUGCUGGAAAGGUUUGCCUGCCUCAUUUUUAACUUGUGUAAAAAAAAUUAACUGUAAUCUUGUCUUUUUACUGAAGCUCUUGUAUAUUGUAGCUAGGAUCUAACACCUUCAUAUGUAUAAUAAAGAACUCUAAUUGCUUUUGUAAUUUAUAGAAGAUUAUGUAGAAAUUAUAUUUUUUUAUGCACCUGCUAAUGAUUAUCACAGGCACCUUGGGUACUUCACCAGUGUUACACAAUUUAGAGUUAAGUAGAUAUAGCUGUACUUAGACAAUUACAGCACUGUACAUGAGUAUUUUUUAAGGUAGCUAAGUUAUAAAUUCAGUGACAAAACUGUAUUGCUUAUUGUAAUUUAUUCUUCCCAUGACUUUGUUAAAGAAUAUUUAUCUCAAUAAUUUCUCUACGAUUAUUGUCUGGAAGAACUUAAAUUCAGUGUUUUUCUCGUACAGUACAGUAUUUUUACUUCCUUCCCUCGCUCUUUAAUAUCAGGUGUGAGAAGUUUAUGGUCUUGGAUGGGUUUCUGUCUCUUAUGCUACCCUGGGCCACUAAUGAGAUUUGCAUGAAUACAAAGAGAAAAUUGAGGGAAUAGGAGGCUUUAGUCACAUAUUGAGAGAAAAUCAUGUGAAAACAGUCAUAUACAGGGUAUACUAUUUAUAAAGGUAUCGGAGUGCUGGCAUUUUGGACCUUCUUCCUCAACCCAUAUGUAACCAAGUUUUUGAUUGGCUGGUUUUUGGUUCAUUUACCCAAUUGGCUGUCAGGUUUUGUUUAGUGAUUUAAAAUGUUUAGGACUGUCGAUAUCAAAUCCAAGGCCUGAGUAUUAGGCGAGUCAAGUGGUAUUAAAAUUUUGAGAAAAAGGGGGGGGGGGAAUAACAGAGGAGAGUGAUGCGAGACAGAUAUAGAAAAUAACAAGCUUACCUACACAAACUUACAGUAUGUAAAGCAAGUGCUGUGCUGUACAGUAUUUAGCCUCCACUGUUUGUGCUUGUCAGUUAUCUAGUGUCAUGAAUAUUUUUGAUGGUCAUAGUAUCUUAAUUUUUUCUGCCAUUUUCAAGGCUGGUUUUUAAAAAUGCUGUACUUGAAGUUAAGGCUUGACGUUGGAUGUGGUGAAGAUAUGUUUUAAAUAGUUUUAAUCUUUUUUUUGUCUGUCACAACUGUUCUACAUAUUAACUUGGUAUAUGUAGCUAUUUGCUAGUACAGUACUGUAUUUCAAGUACUAUAGACUGUUUGAGUACCAGACUUAACUUAGUAUCUGUAGCUAUUUGCUAGUAAAGUAUAGUACAGUAUUACUAGUAAGGACUAUGUAGAUAUGUAUCAGAUAUAACGUAGUAUCUGUAGCUAUUUGCUAGUAAAGUACAGUACAGUAUUACUAUUAAGGACAUAAAAGUAGUACUGGGCUGAUGUCUCAUGCAAUGUACUGUACUGGUCUUGAUAUGCUGUUUGUGCUUAAUAUUAUUGUGUUACAUUGAGGCAAAUCUGAGGGAAGAGUUGGUAGUGCAAUUUUAUAUGUGGCUACAAUUCAUUUUUUAGUUUCUUUGCAAUGGAGCCUUGAUACCUAUAGAGUUCGCAUGUCUUAUUAAUACAGUGCUGGUAAUGAUGGUAGUAGAAGUGAAAAGUCAUAUAUGGAAAACUUACAGAUGGACAACAAACCUAUACAAGUACAUGUACUGUAUACAUUUAUAUAAAAGGUUAUUUUCAGUGGACACGUUCACUUGGGAAUGUAUUAUUGUUUUUAAUAGAAGAGACAUUUCUCUUAGACAUGUAGUGAAGACAUUUGUGAUAAAGAUUCAGUGGCAUCAUAACAGGGCUCAGGUUCUAGGAGGUUUAGGAGUUAAAUGAUUUUCUAAAUGGUGACGUGAGAAAGUUUUUAACCAGAUCACUAAACUUAAACUUGAAAUAUUAGCAACCAAUAGGGAAUCCACAUUGUGCUUAGAUUCUGACAUACCUACAUGUAUUCUGUUGUUAGUUACAUGGAAACUUGUGAGGAAUUAGACACAGAUAAGAGUGCGGUACUGUACCCAAAACCCUUAGUGCCUGGAGGAGUACCCAAGGUGUUCCUGUUGACUGUCUUAUCAUUUUUAUAAUCUCCACUUUGAUUCUGUAUUUAUGUAAGUACAGGAACUUUUUUCAUCCUCAUUUGUGUGUAUGGCAAAUAUUUACAAAAGAUUAAUGAUUAGAAAUUAUCUGUUGUAGCAGAUUGUAAAUUUUAUUAUUGUUUACACUGUUUAAGGUCUAAUAAGUAUGUAAAUAAUUAGUUCUACUUUACAGUUUCAUUAAAAGUUAAGUGUAUAAGGAUAUUAUAAUGUACAGUACUAUGUUAUCUUUUAGUUGACAAAAAAUAUACCUUGAGUAUUGCAUAUUUUACUAGGAUGUGCAAAGAUUUUUUUUAAUUCCAGUGUACUGAGGUUAAUGUGUAAAUAACACCACUGUUUUGAGAUGUUGCAUCACUCAUAACACAGUAUUUAUUGUGCAUUAUUUAUAAUUUUGUGUUUCCAUUAAAUUAGUGAAAGUAGUUAUGAUCCCUCACGUGAUAUUGUUUGGUGGCUUUAAUGAAUGGUAUUAUACCCCCUGAUGUUUUACUAACUUAUGUGUAUUCAUGUAAUGUUGGUGGUUCAGCGGUAACGCAUGUAUCUCUCACUAAUAUAUCAAGGGUUUGAAUCCUGCUUGGCCCGGACACACGUGAGAAGGGUGUCAUCCAGUGUGACCCUCACUACCAAAUAUCACAGGUUUCCCAGCCUCUGGUUUCCUCCUUUACUAACACUGGAUAGACCAACCGCCCAAAUGGCUAGUAAGCUUAUCAAUGUUAAUAAUGCUAAUAACAGCUUCUCAAAAGACUGUUGUUAUUUCUGUGUAUUUAUUAAAAGAAAUAAAAUUUGAGCAAUGUAUUCAUCAUCAUGGAAGAUCCUCUCUACCAUCUGUAAAAUGUAUAGAUGUCAAACAGUUGUGACUGCUGGUCAUUAAAGGGUUAUUGGAUUUUUAUAAUGUAGAAAUGUUACAUUUUAAUUUUAAUCUUUUUAUACAGUACAGUACGUACAUAGUAUGUAGUGUAAUGAAACAUGCACGAGAUACUUUUACAAGAGUAGUGAAUGUCUUGGAAAAGUGAUGUUUUGAGUCUAAAUUCUUCAAGCCAUCGACAUGAACUAUGUUUAUUGAUCUCACUUACACAAUAAUAAUGUGCUGUUGUUACAUCCCAUUAUGUUAAGGAUGAUGGCGGAGUUACGGUAUAUUGAUUAUAGUUGAGUAAGAACCAAGUUUAAUGCUGAAAGUAAAAGAUUUAGGUGUAUUAAUGUAUCAUGUAGUUAGGUUAGGUAAUUAGGUUAAAUUAGGCUGGGUUUGGUGUUGAGUCUGGUAAAGUAAAGUUAAUGUGGAUCAUCAUUACAGGUGUCUUUAAAAAAAAAAAAAAAUUAAGGCUAAAUGUACCUACAACACCUCUACCAUUACUGAGAGGAGAGACAGAGUUAUGUCUUGUAUGACAGGAUCUCUCUCAGUUUAACUACAUCCCUUAUGAAUAGAGGGUAUGGAAGCUCUGAUGAACUUUUUGUCUGAAGGCCAAGAGGUGUGAAUAUGCAGUGGUUUCUUGGGAUAGCUGGAUGAUCUCUGCAUGAUUGGACAAUGUGGCACCUGGGAACUUGUGGUGCUCUUUGCCCUGGUUCCUGAGGUAAAGGGUACAGGUCACUAUUGCUUGAAGUAAUGACAGUACCUCCUUCCUGAUUGUACAGUACUAGCUGGCUUGAGCAUACAGUACACUGGUUAUGAAUGAAAGAUUGAUUCUGACAUUCUAUAUAUAAUUAGCCUAGAUUGAUCGGGUGACUCAGAUCCCUCCCUCGUACCUAGGGAGGUUGACGAUCUGGGAACUGAAGCUUUGUAUAUUCUGAGCCUUGUUUUAUAGCCAGCUUGGGUUAUAGAACACAUGUACUAUGGUGGGGUGGCAUAGACUCACAGCCCACAUCCUUUGGGCAUUUGGAUUAUUGGAGGUAUUCUCUAAUUAUAAGAGCUGCAGUUAUACUGGGAAAGAUCCUAUAGUUAAGUCCAUAAACUUAUUACAUUAGUACAAGAUUUGUCUGAUGCAUGCUCGUUAUAAAAUGUGAUUUCAGAAUCACUUCUUUAUAUUUGAAGAGGACAGUAUCUCUAUGAUCAUCCUUUCAUGUUUUCUUUAAAUUUGUUGUCGUAUGUAGAUCUCUUGUAUAAACUUUAUAAAUUGCAAUUCAGUGCACUUUCAACAUUUUGGCAAUUGUGUUAUGCACACAGUACUCUACUCAUGAGCACAAGUGAUACAGAAUUAAUUCACUUAGGAAGACAUUUUCUUGAUGAGUUUUGUUGUACGAUAUUUGCACACUAACCCAUUCCUUACAGCUUGUACCGUACUAAUGGUUCUAUUUAACAUUUACUGCUACUGCCAUUUUUAGAUAUGCUUUUUGAGACAUGUGGUAUGGAGGGGUUUGGUGGUUUGUAUAUGGGCACA